GUCCUCUCACCACUUCAUCCUCGUAUCUUUUGUUUUUCCCAUUGCAAUAACAAAAACACUAAAACACGAUGCAAGUCCACAAACUCUGUCUUCUUUCUCUACUCAUCAUCCUGUUCGGUUCUCAACCCAGUUUCGCCGUCAAGUUCAACUUCAAGAGUUUCGAUGGCUCGGACUUGGUCUUCCUUGGAGACGCCGAGCUCGGAGCCGCACCAGAUGGCACGAGCCGGUCCGGGUCUCUCUCCAUGACACGUGAUGACCCUUUCUCCCACGGUCGUGGACUGUACAUCAAUCCAAUCCUUUUCAAGCCUUCAAACUCUUCUCCCUCUUCGACACCUUAUCCAUUUGAAACAUCUUUCACAUUCUCCAUCAAACCCCAAAAGACAAAUCCCAUCCCUGGUCAUGGCCUCGCCUUCGUCAUCGUCCCCGAGGCAACCCACGACGUUGCGGGACCCGCUGGAUUCCUCGGCUUCCUCAACCGCACCAACAAUGGCAACCCUAACAACCACGCUUUCGCCGUAGAGUUCGACGUCGUUCAGGACAAAAGCCUAGGAGACAUCAACGACAACCACGUCGGAAUCGACGUGAACUCUGUCGUUUCGGUGGUUUCUGAGAAAGCCGGUUACUGGGUUCGGGCAAGAAGAGAGUGGUCGUUCCAGGAGGUGAAGCUGAGCAGUGGGGACAAGUACAAGGCCUGGAUCGAGUACAGGAAGCAGAGGCUUACCGUCACGAUCGCGCCUGAAGACGUUAAGAAACCCAAGAGGCCUUUGAUCGAUACGAACAUCGAUCUAUCCAACGUCUUUCUCGAGAAAAUGCACGCUGGCUUUAGCGGCGCGAUGGGCCGUGGCAUCGAGCGUCACGAGAUAUGGAGCUGGGGCUUCAAGAACACCGCCAAGAAGUGAUGCUGAGACAUUGGUUCGGUCUGUUUUCGUAUCUUUUUUUUGUUAUAUUUAAUUUGUUACCACAACUGGGGUCUUUGGAGACUUGGAGUGAAUAAAAAGCCAAGCUUGUGGCUUUGUUGUGUUGUAUGUUAUGUUACAAUUCAUAGAAACAUAUCUGUAAUAAAAGAAUCUUGUUUACAAACUUUUUUAUUUA